AUGGUGGUCAAGACGAAACCAAACCUCAACCGCACGAGACAUCUCAUCCCCUGGGAGGACGCGGCAGUGCAGCGACAUUUGGCAACACUAGGCCUGAAGCCACCAGCGUCCGCGGAAGCUGUGAAACGAGCUUUCCGUGCUCUUGCCUUGAAGUAUCAUCCGGACAAGCGCCCGGAUGACGAGAACGGCAGCACUGAUUUCCAACGAAUCAAAGACGCUUACGAUGCGCUCGCGGCGGCCGGAAUGGCUUGA